CGGCAGUCGCCGCUGGGAGCCCGGCGCCCCCACUGGAAUCUGCCGACACUUCAGGGCCCUCCCGCCCCGCCCCCUGCGGCGGCCCCUCAUUCCCAGUCCCCGUGUGCGCUUGCUAUUGUUGGAGACACGUCUAAAGAUAUAAGGCUGUGAAGAGCGAGGCUCGCUGUGAGGACUUCCGUCCGGUGGGAAAAGGGCCGCGGAGGAGCACCCCGCUCGCCCACUUGGGAAGGGGACGUACUUCCCCGCAGUGAUAAGCAGCCCCUGGAGACUGAGGCUAUGCAUCUCAGCAGCUCUAAGAGCGGAGCAGUCCUGCCUCCAGGUCCUGAUGCUUGUCAGAUGACCAGAGCCCAGCUUGGCCAGGAUCCCCCACAAAGAACAGUGCUAGGGGUGCUAACUGAGAAUGGGCAGUACAGGAGGGCCUGUGGCCAGGAAGUCACAACAAUCAGGUGUUUUUCUGGAUCAGAAAAUGCCUUCCCUCAAGCUGGAAAGAAAGCACUCUCUGACUGCGAUGUCCAUGUGCCAGCCAAGCAAGGAUUUGAUAUCUACAUGGAUGAACCUGAGCAAGAGGACAGAAACAGCUUCCCAGGGAGAGAGGGGAUGGCAUUCGAGGACGUGUAUGAAGUCGACACCAGCACACUCAAGUCAGACCUUCACUUCCUGCUGGAUUUUAGCACAGUUUCCCCUAUGCUGGUAGAUACAUCUGUCCAUUCCCAGUCUGAAGAUGCGUCAGAUUUUGGUACAGAUGUGAUAAAUGUGACUGAAUAUGCCGAAGAAAUUCACCAGUAUCUUAGAGAAGCUGAAAUAAGAUACAGGCCCAAAGCACACUACAUGAGGAAGCAACCAGACAUCACAGAAGGCAUGCGAACGAUUCUGGUAGACUGGCUGGUUGAGGUCGGAGAAGAAUAUAAACUUCGAGCUGAGACUCUCUACCUGGCUGUCAACUUCCUGGACAGGUUUCUUUCAUGCAUGUCUGUUCUGAGAGGGAAAUUGCAGCUCGUAGGAACAGCAGCUAUUCUUCUGGCUUCGAAAUAUGAAGAAAUAUAUCCACCUGAAGUAGACGAGUUUGUCUAUAUAACUGAUGAUACUUACACAAAACGACAACUGUUAAGAAUGGAACACCUGCUCCUGAAAGUCCUAGCUUUCGAUCUGACAGUGCCAACUACCAAUCAGUUUCUCCUGCAGUACUUAAGGAGGCAAGGAGUGUGCGUCAGAACUGAGAAUCUGGCCAAGUAUGUAGCGGAACUGAGUCUGCUUGAGGCUGACCCAUUCUUGAAAUAUCUUCCUUCGUUGAUAGCUGCAGCAGCUUAUUGCCUGGCAAACUAUACUGUAAAUAGGCACUUCUGGCCAGAAACCCUUGCUGCAUUUACAGGCUAUUCAUUAAGUGAAAUUAUACCUUGCCUGAGUGAGCUACAUAAAGCGUGCCUUGAUAUACCCCAUCGACCUCAGCAAGCAAUUAGGGAGAAGUAUAAGGCUUCAAAGUAUCUGCACGUGUCUCUCAUGGAACCACCUGCAGCUCUUCCUCUACAAUAAGUUUUAGAACUGAAGCAUUUUCAGAGCUUAACCUCCAGAUCAACAGGAUUGAUCCUAAUUUUUAUAGAUUUCUGCAGUUUGGAUCAACUAGUGUUGCUACAAUAUAAAUGACAUAUUUUUAAAAAUGUAAAUGUGUUUAGGUUCUCUUAGAUUUAGUAGCUUGUAAAGUAGUUUAACAUUUAAAAAAGAAUAAACAACUUGCCUGAUGACCAAGCAUUAGGCUUAUUUACUAAUUAGUGUGGCUGACACACUGGCCUGGAAUUUUAUUUGAGAGUAUUAUAAAUGUCAUCUCUAUUUUAAGAGUUCUUCUAAAUUGAUUUUAUAAGUCUGGCAUGCUAUUAGGAUUAAGUGCUCUGAGGAAUGCAGAGCUUUUCAUAUUUGCUAAAUGGCUGCUCUCAGCCUUUUUCUUCCUGUCUCUGGCUUUUUCAUGUGAUUCUUCCUCAGUUGGCCAAGGAAGGAACUCCAAGCUUAGACAGAUUAUGGAAGGGAUAUAAACAAGCACUGUAUUCUAGCUUCCUUCUGGGACCUAAGGAGUAAAGACAGUGCGUUGAGGAUAUGGUCAAAUACUUCUAAAUAUGGUCAAAUACUUCUGAGGGGUGACUUAUGUUUUAUGCUAAUCCAGGGGUAUGGUGCUCAUUUUGUAAAGGGAUGCCAUUAUGUCAAUGUUCAGUUUUGAUUGAGUCACCCGUUAAGCAUGUAUUUCAGCCUUAGAACAUGCUCAGAGAGGUAGAAAAAACAAAUUUCACCAUAGGACGGGACUUCAGAAUAGCUAAGUGACCCCUCAUGUUUGUCCCUGGGGAGAUACCCAUGCUAAAGUCUGCUCCAGUUCAAAUUAUUCCUGAUCCUGCAGUUUACCUCAUUACACAUUUUAAAUGGCUCCUUUAAACAGUAUGUAGGUAGUAUACAAGAGUAUACAAGAUGGGAAAAUUUGAAAAAAACAAACGGUCAUUUUAACUUUCUUUUAAAGAUUGGAAGGAAAUCAAGAGUAGGCUUCUUUAAGGGAAGGUGGUUCUUAUUGGGAAUUGAAUAUAAAUUUUAUUAAUCACAAGAUUAGUAGCUCUGGACCAGGAGGCCCUGGAGGCACCUGAGCCUUAAGUGUGUGUCCUGGCUCCAGGCUUGCCCCAGUGGUUCUGUGGAGACAAGAACUAGAAACAUAUAUUUUCUAGAUUCCUUUACAUAGAAAAGAUUAGACCCAGGCAGGUUUUGAUAAUGUGGAGAUAGAUGAAAUUAACUCGGAAUCUUGUUCGUUUCAAGCUCUAAUGAAAUUAUAAAUAUAAAAAUUCAGCCAUAUAGUACAUAUUUUGUGAAGACUUUAAAAAAUUUACCCACAAACUCUUAAAAGGUUUUAGCAUUGCCUUUCCCUCCCCUCUGCAGAUAAACAUUCUCAAGGUGGCUCCAUUUCUGGUUCCAUCAGAGAAUCAACAUUUCCGAACGAAUUUUGUGCUAUUGCCUAAAUUUCACAAAAGGGAUACAGGGCCUGUAUCAGUACUGAAGUCUCUGCCUUUAUGUUAGAUAAUCAGCAAUUCGUAAUCUAAUAUUCUAAUUUAUGACUGGGUAUGUCUUUCCGACUAAACUUUUGCACUUGGCAAUGUAACACACAUGCUGUAUAUUCACCAUGAACUUGCUCCAUCCCAAGGAGGCAGUGGCAGAGGGCGAUUCUGGCUGAGACUUUAGCAGUAGAAGUGCUGCUUUUGUCCUUUUCAGGCCUCAAAGAUUUGAGGAGUUGGUCCGGGCAGUGUCCUCUCAUUCUCUGUCUGUUUACCCUGACUCAGCACUGCCCUCUGUGGCAGUGUGGACCCCAGCACAGUACAUUUUCUUCCACUAAUAAUAGUCUUGUUUUAGGAUGUUUGCUUCAGUUGGAAUGGACCUUGUAGAAAUAGGAACUUCAUUAUGAAUUAUUUUGCAAAGGUGGCUUUUGUUUCUAAACCUAGAUUCAAAAUUUAGCCUUGACUUUAGGUCACAAAACCACACUAUAGUUGUCCCUUAGUAUCUGCAGCUGAUUGGUUCUAGAACCCAUGAGGAUAUCGAAAUCCAAGGAUGCUCAAGUCCCUUAUAGAAAAUGGCUUGGUGUUUUCAUUCAACCUGUAUUUGCACGUGGGCCACAGCAGGCUCUGCUCACACAUCUCUUCAUUUGCGUAGAUUUGGGGUAGUACACGGCCCAUGGCUCUUAUCUUCUUUGCUGCCAGUGAUUUUCACCUUCCCCUUCCCGCCGGCCGCCCCCCCCGCCCCCCAUACACGCUGAUUGCAAAGAACUGGUUCUCAGCUUUUGGCUUAUUACUUUUUUUUUUUUGUCUCUGCAAUACUUUACUUAAAAAUAGAAAUAUAGCUAUCACCUGUGUACCUCCCAUCCGCUUAAGAGAGAAUAGCAGCUUUCAGUGUAACCUUCCUUUUAUCUCAUUAUUUUUCUUCCCUGAAUGUGGUGUUGAUCAUGCAUGGUUUUUAUACUUUAUAAGAAUGUGUCCAUAAAUAAUAAUGCUUGUUUUUAGAGUUUAAUCAUUGUCUUUCAUAUCUUUUAGUGAUAUGUGUUUUAGAUAGCAUUGCGUUUUGAGAUGAUCUCUGUUGAAUAAGUAGAAUCCUAGUUAUUUAUACUAUUGUGUAGUAUAACGUGGCCCAUCACAUUAAAGCUUUACCUCUCA